CUGCGCGCCCUGGGCGUGAGGGUGGCCCGGAUCUCGGUGGUGCCCGACGAGGUGGACGCCAUCGCCAGCGAGGUGGCCGCCUUCGCCGCCCGCUUCACCUACGUGCUGACCUCGGGGGGCAUCGGCCCCACGCACGACGACGUGACCUUCGAGGCAGUGGCCAGGGCCUUCGGGGAGAAGGUCGCCCCCCACCCCGAGCUGGUGGCCCUGGUGCACAAGUUCUUCGGCAAGACGGACGCGCAGUGCCCCGAGAUGAAGCUGGCUCGCGUCCCCGAGUCCUCCUGCCUCAACUACGGCGCGGGUGGCACCUUCGAGUACCCGCUGGUCAGCGUGCGCAACGUCUACGUCUUCCCCGGCAUCCCGGCGCUGAUGGAACGCGCCCUGGAUGGCCUUGCCCACCUCUUCCGCAGCGAGCAGACCCGCUUCCACUCCCGUGCCAUCUAUGUGGCGGCUGAUGAGAUCCUCAUCACGCCUGUGCUGGAUCAGGCCAACGCCACCUUCCAGGGCCGCGUCAGCUUGGGCUCCUACCCAGACUGGGCCAACAACUACUACCGCGUGAAGCUGACGUUGGACUCGGAGUCGGAGCAGGACCUGGAGGAAGCGUAUCACUUCUUGAUGGAGAAGCUGCCGCCGCACGUUGUCGUGCCGUUGGUGAUGGACUGCAUCUCGCCAGCAGCCGCGGAGGUUUAUGGUCUGGCUGAGUCAGGCUCGGCCCUGGGGCAGAAGGUGGCAGCAGCACUGCGGACCAUCGAGGAGGCUUUGGACCGGUACAGCCUGGCCCAACUCUGCGUGGGCUUCAACGGGGGCAAGGACUGCACAGCCCUGCUGCACCUCGUCCACGCCGCUGUGGAGAGGCGGUACCCGGCGAGGCAGGAGAAGCUGCAGGUGCUCUACAUCCGCAUCGUGUCCCCCUUCCCCGAAAUGGAGCAGUUCAUCCAGGUGACUGUCCAGAGGUACAAGAUCCAGCUCUGCAUGGUGGAGGGCUCCAUCCGGGAGGCCCUGGCCCGCCUGAAGGAGCAGCAGCCGCAGCUGGAGGCCGUCCUGAUGGGGACGCGGCGGACGGACCCCUACUCGCGCACCCUGAUGCCCAUGUGCAUGACGGACCCUGACUGGCCUCAGUACAUGCGGGUGAACCCUUUGCUGGACUGGUCCUACCGGGACAUCUGGGAGUUUCUACGCAAGCUCUUUGUCCCCUACUGUGUCCUCUAUGACAAGGGCUACACCUCCCUGGGGAGCAUGGCGAACACGCUGAAGAACCCGGCGCUGCGCUACACCGACGCCCGGGGCCGGGAGAGCUACCGGCCCGCCUACCAGCUGGAAAACGAGGAAGACGAGCGCACCUCCCGCCACUGAAGGUCCACGGGCUGUGUUCGGGGAGGCUCUGCUGGGACGCUGCUGGCGGCCGGCUCCCCUGCAGACGUCCCUGGCGCUGCUGGGGAUGACACUGAAUAAACCUGCUGCCUGCCAGCACUGAAUAAACUUGCUGCGCUCAGCCUGCAGUCUGCAUUGCG